AUGCCUGACCACGAGGCGCCGGUCCCGAGCCGGGACUCAAAGUCCUCGAGCGACUUUAUCCAGUUCAACUGCCUGCCCGCCGGCGGUGCGCUCAACCGCUGGUCCGCCGGCAUCACGCGCGCGCACGACUUUCCUGGUGCGCAGGCCAUGCUGUAUGGCGCAGGGGUCCCCGACGAGCAUGCCAUGAAGAAUGCGCCCCAGGUCGGCAUCGCGACCGUCUGGUGGCAGGGCAACCCGUGCAACACACACUUACUCGAGUUUGGAAGCAUUGUGAAGCGUGCCGUAGAAAAACAAGGCAUGCUGGGCUGGCAGUUCAACACCAUUGGCGUGUCCGACGCCAUCACCAUGGGCGGCGACGGCAUGCGCUUCUCCCUGCAAUCGCGCGAAAUCAUUGCCGAUUCCAUAGAGUCCGUCACGUGCGCGCAGCACCACGAUGCCAACAUCUCCAUCCCCGGCUGCGACAAGAACAUGCCCGGCGUCGUCAUGGCCGCCGCCCGCCACAACCGGCCCUUCAUUAUGAUCUACGGCGGCACCAUCCGCAAGGGCCACUCGGCGCUCCUCGAAAAGGACGUCAACAUCUCCACCUGCUACGAGGCCGCCGGCGCCUACACCUACGGCCGCCUGCACGCCAAAACGGAUCCCGGCGCGCCCGGUCGCGAGAGCGGCGACGUGCUGACCGAUCUCGAGCACCAUUCCUGCCCUGGCGCCGGUGCCUGCGGCGGCAUGUACACGGCCAACACCAUGGCCACGGCGAUCGAGGCCAUGGGGCUCACCCUACCCGGCUCCUCGUCGUAUCCGGCGCUGUCCCCGGAGAAGUCGCGCGAGUGCGAGCGCGCCGCCGAGGUCAUCAAGACCACCAUGGCCAAGGACAUCCGCCCGCGCGACCUCCUCACCCGCGCCGCGUUCGAGAACGCCCUCGUGCUCACCAUGAUCCUCGGCGGCUCCACCAACGGCGUCCUGCACUUCCUCGCCAUGGCCAACACGGCCGGCGUGCCGCUGACCAUUGACGACGUGCAGCGCGCGAGCGACCGCACCCCGUACCUCGCCGACCUGGCCCCGAGCGGCAGGUACCUGAUGGAGGACCUGUACAAGGUCGGCGGCACGCCGUCCGUCAUCAAGAUGCUCAUCGCCCACAACCUCCUCGACGGCGGCAUCAUGACCGUCACCGGCCGCACCCUCGCCGAAAACGUCGCCGACUGGCCGUCGCUCGACCCCGGCCAGAAAAUCAUCCGCCCCCUUGACGACCCCAUCAAGCCCAGCGGCCACAUCCGCAUCCUGCGCGGCAACUUUGCGCCCGGCGGCGCCGUCGCCAAGAUCACCGGCAAGGAGGGCCUGCGCUUCACCGGCGCCGCCCGCGUCUACGACUGCGAGCGCGACCUCAACGCCGCGCUCAGCCGCGGCGAGAUCAAACAGCAAGACGGUAACCUCGUCAUCGUCGUGCGCUACGAGGGCCCCAAGGGCGGGCCCGGCAUGCCCGAGCAGCUGCGCGCGUCGGCCGCCAUCAUGGGCGCCGGCCUCACCAACGUCGCCCUCGUCACCGACGGCCGGUACAGCGGCGCGUCGCACGGCUUCAUCGUCGGCCACGUCGUUCCCGAAGCUGCCGUCGGGGGGCCGAUCGCGCUGGUCAGGGACGGCGAUGCCAUGACGAUUGAUGCCGAGACGAACCGCAUCGACGUGGCCAUUUCGAGCGAGGAAAUGGACGCGAGACGCGCGCAGUGGGUGCCGCCCGAGCCGAGGGUCAAGAGAGGGACGCUGGCCAAGUAUGCGCGUUUGGUGGGUGAUGCGAGUCAUGGUGCGGUAACCGAUGGGUGGUAA